UUAAGGAAACCGACCAGGAAAUGGCCGAACGACUGACUUCUGCAGCUCUGAAAGCUGCUCGGAUCAGGGCCGAGAUGAAGGCCAACAAAAUCAACAAACCCUCCAAGCCAAAGGACCCUUCCAACCCUAAGCCGAGGAAGCGCAAGGAGAGGACUGAGGAGAGGGUCGAGCUGACGGAGAAGGCUUUCGCCAAUGCCCGGGCCGAGAAGGAGGCCUUGGCGAAGAAGGCUAGGAAAGAGCCUUCUGUCGAGGUCAACAGCCCUCGACCGGUGUCCGUGGAUGACAAUACUCACAUCUCCGUCCACCCCUCCGUUUUCGAGCCAGUUCGAAGUCCCGGCCAUGUGCCAGGGGGAUCCCAAACUGAGCAGGCGAUGUCCGAGGCGCCCCACCGUUUACUCAGUUGUCCAAAACUGAGAAGAAGUAAAGGAUCAGCGAUGCGCUGGAGAUCCUCUGCACUAAAGCCGACCGUGAUCACAUCAGGGCGGUGAACGAGAGGAAUGAGUCGAGCGAGCUCUUCCGCACCUGG